AUGAAUGACAGAGCGGUAUUAAAUAAUAGUCAAAUACUACUAUACAAACAAGAAUAACCCUCAGAAGUUUCUCUCCGAAAUAGUGUGAUAUGAUAAUAGAUGAUCAGUGCAUUAGUCUACGACCCGACUUGUAAUAUCAACGGAUUUAUAGCUAGAACCAAUAUCACCGCUCAAGAGCAUCAUGGGACUUAAAAUUGAGCGCCGUUUUCCUAUUUGUACGCUGUGUUACUUUUGAUAUUUCUAUUUGACACCGACAAUGCCUGAAUCUAGCUUAAACAUAAAAUAUCAAGUUGCUCAUUAUUGAAUUUGUAAACGUUAUUUGAUUCGAUUUCUCUUAUUAUGGAACAACUGAUAUCGAACAACUGCAUCGAACAGAUGUUUUCAUAUCGAAAGCAGUUGACAGGUGGCGACGGCUAGCCUAGAGUCAGUCAAACAAAAUUUUCAAAACGUCCGAAACGCGUCCAUCAAACUUUUUUUCUAUGUUAAUUUGGUUAAAUUUAAAGCAAUACCGAAAAUCUUAUCCGGAAUCUGUGUCAAUUUCAUAACACCUUCAUUGAUAAUUAAAGUUUAAACAAAUUCCCGGUGACUUGUAGUUGCAAAGAUAAAACGAUGUUCUAUCAACUGUCCCAUUUUAACGAAAUGCUGCUGCUGACGCCUCGUAAACCGGCGACUUAUUUGUGUUUACUCGGUAGUUUAUCACACAUUCCGACUGAUUAUUGUGUAUAAUGAAUGGGAAUAUGAUUAAGACGAAGAAGUCCGCUGCAGAUAAGCACCAAAGAAGUCCCAGAGCAGCUGGGCCAGUUAGAGUUAUAGCGGAUGCGGUAAAACCCGCGAAGAAAAAUGGUCUGGAGUAUUGGACAGCCCCGGCAAGUGGGAUAACCUACAGCACUAGGAUGAAGAAAAAACCGCGAUCAAAGUCUGAAAAUUCUAAGGCAACUGCCGAUGCUCCAAGCAUAGCGAAUAAGUUGGCAUCGACCCGUUUAUUGAGUCCAGAACGCGAGGAAAAACCGCGGGAAACCGUGCCAAUCAAAAAAGGCAGCUUGUGUUCUCUUUUAGAUGAAAGGAAUGUUUAUAACGUUCAGUAUCAACUUCCUGCGUCAUCGUUCUUGCACUCUCAUGGGCGGCGGUACAAAGAGAAAGACUUCACCGAACGGGUUAAUAAUCCGGGAAAAACGGCAGCCCACGAUGCAAAUCCGGGCAGCUCGAGAGACGAGACUUCUGUGUUGCGAAAAGAGAUACACGAUUGGAAAGUGCGCGAGGCUUUGACUAACAAAGUUGAAAAUCUGCUUGGCGGUAUUGAGAUGACGACGCCUACGGAACAUCUUGAAUUGACACGGCUACCAGUUAAACCUCCAAAGGACCCUUCCGAUAAAUCAUCUUCCAACACACGCCACAACCGGCCGUCAUACUUCCUGGGGAACGAAUGCAUUCAAAGCACCAGGCAAAAGAUUCCUGAGGUGACUACUACUCCUUGUUCAAAGCAAAAUCAUAUGAAUGCAAAUGGAACUACCAGAUCGCAGAACCCGGAUGCAGAAGAAAACGAGACAAGUAGAGGUGUUAAAAAGCAAAAAUAUUCUCUAGAUGAUUACUUGAUCAACCAAAAUAUGCAGACACUGAGCGGGGGAUCACUGUUAUCGCCAAUAAGUCCAGUGUCAAGUCCAGAAACUGUAGAUGUACUACAAAAUGCAGAGAGACUUUUAAAAAACGCACAACGACAAUUAAUGGAAGUCAGCGUUAACUCUACGAGGGAACCAUUGAACGAAAAUCUUCCGAGCUACUUAAAACAACAGCAUCUGGAUGACGGGUUAUCAUACAUUCGCGAUAUCGUCAAAGCUAAAUUUCAAGACACCAAUGAGCCGGACACAAUUCCCAAUCAGAAAACCUUGACAAGUAAUGUACAUGGUUCAAACAGAAAAUUACAACCUGGUCGAUUUCAAAUUAGAGAAUCAAGCAACAUACUUAACAAGCCAUUAGAAAUAUCGGAACAAAGUUCACAAUUUUUGUCGAAUCAGAUACCAAAGAAAACAUUAUCAACCAACGAAAGACCAUUUCUCCAAAAAGCUCCACAUUGGUUCCAGAAACAGAUUCAUGUUUUUCCGACAUCCACAACAUGCAAUGAAAAAUCAAACACCAAGAGUUCACCUGCAGCUUCAUGCUGUGCUGUUGCUAACACUGGAGUAUUCGAAGUUAACAGUAAAACUCCUCCAAACAAAAGUAUUAAAGUUCAAACUGGACCUACCGUAGAAAUUCGAGGAGGAUUGACAAUUCAGAAUAUCGAGAAUAUACACAUAUCACCGGAUCCUUCUAUGGUACCAGUUCACAACAACAUAGCUAUGUACUGUUUUCAACACGAGCCAUUGGCAAGUUCAAGUAUUAAUGAUUCAAAUGAAAAUCAACCCAGUAAGUCGAGUAUUAUGGCCUCCAAUGGAAAAAAACAUUGCAUUGUUGAUGGAGAGAAACACAUUCAGUCCACAAAUUAUAUAGAUGAACAAAAGGUACAACAGGUUGAAAAUACUAAUCACUACAUACAGUAUAAUACAGUUGCCACGCAUGUGAUACCAGCUAACAAUAAUAGUAACAAUUAUGACAAGAAUAAACAUAGUGUAAAAUAUGAUGAGAAUGCUACAAGUAUUCUCAAAAACAGGGUAUCUAUUGAUAGUAGUGUUAAUCAUCACCCAAUUAUACACAAAACAAUAAUGGAUAAUCAGAAAUUACAUGAAUUGAAAAUCUCACUGGGAUCUCCAGAGGAUACAAGAGACAACUCACAUUCGAAAAAAAAAGUGAGCAUUAAUUCAGAUCCCAUUGAACCUACUCUUGAAUCUGUUUCCACAAGAGACUUGGAAGUACAGAUGGCGAAUGAGAGAGAAGAAAUCGAAAAUACAGAGAUCACACAAAAUUAUCAAGAGUUUCCAAGCAAUCUGGACUCAGCUAGUUCUUAUCAUAAUCAAAAAUUUCACCUGGUGCAGUCAGACAAGGAUUAUGUACAGCGGUCUAAAGCUUGCAAGGACGAGUGCAGAACUGGUUCUUGUUCAAGGAAAUGUGAGAGAGAUGUAGAACACACAGAAAAGCAGAAAUUGACAGAUGCACUACAGGCUAUAGUUAACAUUCAGAAACUCAGGUAUGAUAUGAAAGAUACCGGUGUUGUUCCAUCUCAGUGUACGCAAAUGUGCGACGACAGAAAUGAAUGUGUCGCGGAUACGAAACAUCUUAAUUUUCAACCAAUUUCAGAGCCUGACCAAUUCAAGAGACUUUUAGAGCGACUUUGUAAGUCCAGCCCAAAAACUGGAGCUUCUGAAAUCGAUACCAAUUCCGAAAUUUUCAAAGAAGCAAUGGAUGAUUUUGUCAAAAUUUUCUUCGAGAUAAGUGGCAAUUCGCGGUAUCCAGUUUCGAAUGUGGAUAAUCAUGAUACGAUAUCAAUACAAAAUGGACAAGCCAUAAGAAUCGAAGAAAGAACUGAUAAGAUUAAAAUUAUGACGAAAGCAGAAAAGGUAGCUAAGGCCUCAAAGCAGGCAAAUUUGUUUCCCAAAUUAAACCAAAUGGAAUAUCGACGAGGAAGCGAAGUCAAGCCUAAGAUGGGUGGAAAUAGAAUUGAUGGAUUACCUGUUACCCAAAAUAAUGCUUCAACCUCGCAUGCAUGGCGGUCACCCAUUGAGCGAGCUAGAGAACCCAACAAAUACCCAAAACGCCCAGCUACUGAUAAUGCUCAAUUACCGAAGCAAAAAUUCGCUCAUAAUCAGAGAGAGAAAAGCCAUUCAAAAAACAAUUAUCAGGAACAACAGAAUAAUCUUAUGAAUUUGAACUUAGAACAACCUUGUGUAUCGGAAGUUGAUGCAAUUUCGAAGAUCUAUCAAGAAUCCAUGGCAGCCAUUUGGCAAGGUACUGAACAAUUGUCCCAAUUAAUAUCACACCACGUAAUGAAGAAUGCUUCGUCUACAGCUGAUCAGAUUGCAUCUCUACCUAUACCUGGCACUAAAAAAAAAUUUAUUUCAUGUAGUUCAAUAAAAUCUCCUGAGCAAUCUGUCAAAAGCUGUGCUAACAGAAUGCAAGUUACAGAAGUUGAGCAGCAAAAACAUAAAGUAAUCAGGACUCCACGGUCUGAAACCUUUCCAGUACGUUUAAGGAACGAUGCAGAGCUUAGCAAUGAGGAUAAUUCAGUAUGCAUAGAUGAAGUAAGUACAUCGGUGACUGAUAUAGAUGACACAAGUAAUGCUAUUACUAUGUCCCAAAUUGACGAGCCGAAUUCGGCAAAUAUGAAACCUAAAUGUCCAAUGUUACAACAAAGAGUGGCAAAGCCGACGCGAAAACCAGACGGUAUGCAAUUCAUGGAUGUUCAUUAUUGUAUCACCGAACCACUUGGGAUUCAAAUUCCAAUCGGAGUUAAAUCAGACAAAAAUACGAGCUCAUCUAACUUGAAAAGUUCAAUGAACAUGCACCUACAGUUGGAAAAUGCUAGCGGUGAAAAUACAAGAUUGUGCCAACGUCCGAAUGCCAAUAUGUAUGGUGAUCAAACUGUAGACCUUAGAUUCUAUGAGUCUCAGGUAUUUACCCCUGGAUACAAAUAUAAUUUUGACUCAUCAAAUAAUUGUCCAAGUGAAAAAGUCACUGCAGAGCCUGUUUUAGAAAAUAAAAGAGUAGAAUUCCAAGGGCUGGGAGAAAUUUUUGACGCUAUGAAAAGAUCUUCACAUUUAUUGAAACAAUUGGCUGUUCUAUUGGCCAAUGGAAUGAAAAUUGACUCAGUUGAUGAUUUUGUACGAAGUUUGGAAGUGGCUGCAAUUCAUCCAAUUGUAAUUGACAAAUUUUUAUCAACAUUGAGAGAAAAAAGUAAAGAAAAUUCCGUACUUGGAAAGAAUGUUGUCAUGACGCAAGAGACGGAUAACGGACAUAAAGAUUCCGCAACUUUGCACCCUGCUGGUGAUUACAUAAAUAACAAGAUAAAUUCAAAAGAUCAGAUCAUGAAUAUGAACCUAAAAUUUUCUGAUGAUUGUACACAUUUGAUGAAUCAUACUAAUAGUCAAGGUGAUAAGGUUCCAGAAAAUAGAUCAAAAAGUGACUUGGUUGCACCUGACAAAGAUAUUGGCAAAGUAUACUUGGAAAAUAGUCAUGAUAACUUUGAUAUAUCUAAACCUGCUUUCCAAGAUAAGAUUAGCUUAUCAACAUCAUCAUUAUUAUCACCUCUUGGUAAUCUUCUGGUACAGAGUUCCGAAAAUGAGGAGCAAGUCUCUGUGGCUCAGAGAAUAAUAUCAGCAGAUGAUGGAAGAGUGAGAAAAGAAUCCUCUAAGAGUGAAAAUCCUAGGCAUGUGAAUACCAUAUUGAACGAACAGAGCAAUGUAAACAUGGGUUUACAGAAUUCGUCUUUUGGCUAUAUGAUCAAUGAAAAGAAUGAAGGUGACAGCAAUACUGAUCAGAAUUCUAAUUUUUCAAUUCCACUUGAUGUUCAUAUGAAUGAUAAAGUUCCAGAGAUACCCAUUACUAAUAAAACUGUUAUUGAUGCCAUUAAAUCACAACAACAAAAGGAUCAAGUUCCCAAAAAUUCUACGCCAGAAAAAACAAAUUUGAUUGAAUCUCCAGACCACAGCAAUAGAACUCUUGGAUGUGAACAUAUAAAUUCCAUAGAACAAGACACCUUGAAAAUAGAAGUCAAUGAUGUGCUAUUCCAAUCUUCUUUGGAUACUGGCUCAGAUACUGGUAUAGCUACAGUACAUUCACCAUUACAAGAUAACAACAAACCAUCUAGAGGGGAACAUUCACAGGAAGGGGCUGUCCAUUGCAAUUGUAACAAGAUGCAGAUUCCUCCGAGCAAAACAAUAUUAAUCACAGGGGAGAGUUCAUUAAAAUCAAAUUCUACAUCACAGAGUCAUGAGAGAAAAGCAGCAAAGACAAGCAGAGCUAGCGAGAAAAAAAAGAAACCAUAUCAGAGACGCGAUGCUAAUCAGAAUUCGUCAAAGGUUGUUGCUGGUACAGCAAACCGUGACUUUGAAAAAUCUAGUUCCAAAAAUAUGUGUCCUUUAUGCAUACGAUUUCAUGGAAUUUGUAGCUGUCUAAAUUGCAGCAAUUGCAUGGUGAACUUUAGGAAGUAUCAAGAAGUAUCAUCAAUAAUAAAAGUAACAAAAGCCAAGCUCCCUAAAUCAAUAGCAGUGACUUCACACCAAGUUGGUUCUGUGAAACGUUUAGCACAAAAGUCGAACGAUAAAAGUAUGAACAGCCGGCAAGGAAUGCCGAGAAUUAUUAAAAAUUCCACAAACCCACUGGCUGGCAAAAAAUGUUCUCCCAUAACGCAGAAAUCUAAAUCUAAACGCAAUUCUGCAAGUACGAGCAAUGGUACUUUCAAUAGCAUUCAGUUAUUAAAGUCUGAAAAUAGACCAGAAGACUGUCAAAAGUUUUCACAAGGUACAAUCCCUGAAUUAGAAUGCUCCAUAAUGAAAGAUGAAUCACAGAAUACUACGAAGUGUGUAGGUAAAACUGUUUCUACGAAUACAGAAACAAUUUGGCAAGAAGCAACAAUUUUAGCCGAUACCAGCCAACUUUUGAUAGGAACAUUAGAGAAAAUUGUCAAUAUGAAGAAAUUUGAUAAUCCAGCAAAAGAGACCCAAGUCCUCAAAUGUUCAGACAAGCCUUCUAUGAUAAAUAAAACUCAUAAUGAUCACGUUGAUUGUCAGAGUCAGAUAACAUCUACAACAAACAUAAAAGAAUUUACAUCAAUGGAAUGUCAGACAUUGCAAAGUUGCAGUGUUUUACAAGAAAGGUACAAAAAUUCAUUGAAGGCUAUACCAGUAGAGGUGGAAAUGGAUUCGACAUCAGUAGAAAAGUCCCUUGAAAUAUUUGAAAAUCAAAGUAUUCUAGUACUCCAGCCCUUGAGUGAACUGGAUCAUACAUAUUUUAUUGCCAAACCAAAUUUCGAGGAACGUAAGUUAAUUAAAGAAAGAUUAAACGCGAAUUUCAACAUUUCAAAUAAAGAAGUGACCAAAUAUAAUGAAUCCUGUAAUGAAACUAGCAAGAAACUGACAAACUCUGAUGACCCCUCACAACUGAAUGUUUCAUUACCUGCAGACAAUCACAUAAACAAUAAAGAGUGUCAAGUUAUCUGUUCAGAUGUUGAAGACAUGGCGAAUUCAACAGACAAAAAGCAAUCUGCCGUUAUAUUUGCGUGCCAGCACACAACAGAUUCUAAUCCCGGCUCUAACAAUAAGAAAGAACCUCAAGAAGGUCACGAUUCAUGUUCAAAUGAUGAUGAAUGUUUGAUAUGUCUUCAAUCGUCUUCAGAGUCAGAUAACUCGCAGUUUCCUUGCAGCCAAGAUUGUUUAGACGAAGAAAUGUGUUCAAAAGUUUGUGCAGCAAUUACCGACUUUGACGAGACGUUACAAUUUGGUUCAAUUAAUAUUGAUGGAAUAUUGAGAAAAUUCUUAGCAGAAAAUAAUGCGUCAAGUGUCAAACUGCCAAUUUUAAAAGCACUUAUCCAAGAAUUGGAGAAGGUCACAUAUUCCCAGAACGUUGACAGAGAUCGACACCAAAUACUUCAUGAAACGUCAAAACACGAUAGUAAUCAAAACGAUACUGAAGUCAGAAACGCGGUGGAAUUGGCACAAGCAGCUGAACCAAGGUUUAAUGAGGAUCGAACGCGAGCAAGUAGUGUUCAAUAUGGGGAAUCACAUGAAAAAAUGUUGUUGAUAAUGAAGAAUCGGAGGAGUCUAAUGAUGCCAAAUGUUGUAAGAGGGCUCGCUGAUGUCCAUCCUAGUAAAAAUUUAGAGCGCUUGAUAUUACAUAGUACAGAUCCACUAGUGUCAGGAACUUUCAAUAAGCCAGAAUCUGAGACACGAUAUUCGGUUUUCAACAAAUCAGAUUCUGAACAUACAUCAUUCAACUUUAAGGAUCCUAAAAUCCAGGAACAUUUAACAUCUGUGGCCCAAGCGGCUAUACAACAAAUAGAUAUGAAGCCAUUAGAAAUUUCGGCGGAUAAUGUACAAUCUGUAGCUAUCAAAAAAGCUAAAAAAUCGACAAUAGCUGAAAAAUCUAUGAAUAAUGUCUCUAAGUCGAAGAAAAACGAACAUGGAAUGCAAGCUGACUCGGGUGCUUCAGCUGAAUCACAUAGCUUAGAAGUGGCUCAGGGUACAAAAGAUGAUACCAGGAAUCACAAGAUAGAGAAUUUGCAAAAAUAUUCUGACAAAGAUUUGAAUGAUACAGAAUUUAGCAACAGACCACAAAUCAUUGAGCAUUUUCUGGGAAAAAUAAGGCUUGAAGAUAUGAAAAUUCAGAACAUAAAUAUUAAUAAGAAUGAUUGUACUCAUCUCACACCAAUAACAACCAUCGAUUUGGAAAAUAUUGGUAUUGGCAAAAGAUUAGAUCACUCCGUGUCACAAGUUGAUAUGCAAAAGUAUUUUGCUUCAAGCAUGCCAGGAAUACCAAGAACCAACUUGACAAACUUUAAUCAAAGUGCCAGUAAAUAUCUGGAUCAAACAUCAUGUGAUACUUUGUCUGAAGGUGAAAUUAACCUACCUAGUUCAUGCUCACGUUCACUGGGGGAAGUGAGGAUCACUACAUCCAGCUGCAGCACAACUGUGGAAAAAAGUUAUAGAGAUCCGGAUGGAUUCACAGUCAUUGUGACAAAAAGCGUCCUUGACUCAACAUUAGCUACAUGCACAUCACCAGGAGAAAUUCUAGCAGAGAUCAAUGGUGAAGACACUGAUUUCUCAAGCAUUCCAUAAAAUGAUAACCUUAACUUUUCCAACAGACUGGACAUACAUUUAUCAUUUAGACAUUCGCCCAUUUGCAAUUUCAACCCCAUAAAAGUAUAAGAUAUUCAAUGGUCGGAGUUAUGUAUUAGUCGGACAGGAUCAUGACAAUCAUUGUAAUUUAAUAUUGUCUCUAAUAUUUGUAGGCUAGAGCAACAAAGUCUGUAAAUAGAUAUAAAAUUUUUUAGAUGUAUCAUGCA